AUGUCAGCCGUAGCACCAGCGGGGACUGGUGCUACAGCACCACCUGCGAACGGUCCAAUUGUACCUGCUCCGGUCUUCGCCUUGCCAACGUUGUCGUUCACCGUCGGCCAGGUUGCCACGGUUUGCGAGACACUGGAGGAAAGCGGCGACAUCGAACGGCUGGCCAGGUUCCUCUGGAGUCUUCCUGUGGCUCAUCCGAACAUCCAGGAAUUAAAUCAAAGCGAGGCUGUGCUGAGAGCCAGGGCGAUCGUCGCGUUUCACUCAGGACAUUACAGGGAACUGUACGCCAUACUGGAGAGGCACAAGUUCACCAAGGACUCUCAUGGUAAGCUCCAAGCGAUGUGGCUCGAGGCGCAUUAUCAGGAAGCCGAGAAACUUCGAGGGCGACCGCUCGGCCCCGUCGACAAGUACAGAGUCCGAAAGAAAUUUCCGUUACCGAGGACGAUCUGGGACGGCGAGCAGAAGACUCAUUGUUUCAAGGAGAGAACCAGAUCGUUGUUGAGAGAGUGGUACCUUCAGGAUCCGUAUCCGAAUCCUGGCAAGAAGCGAGAACUAGCUGCUGCUACGGGGCUCACGCCUACCCAGGUUGGCAAUUGGUUCAAGAACAGGAGGCAAAGGGAUCGGGCCGCCGCUGCGAAAAAUAGGUACGUUCACGACAUAUUCUUUAACAUAUAAACAUCGUUAACAAAUCGGUUCCAUUAAGAAAAUGCCAAGAAAUUUGAAUCGACGGAAUUAACGUAAGUAAUUCGGAGUUGUAUUUUCGAGGUCUCUCCUACGAGAGAAGUGUGUAACGCGAUGACUCAAUAUCCAGGCAGGAAAAUCUAUCUACAAGAUCCAAGAGAAUUUUUUACAACAAUCUGAGUAGGAUAAACAAAUUCGUUCGUCCACUCGUGUGCCGUUUUCGUACGCGAAAACGAUUGCGGUUGGUGGCAGGACGCGAAAGUUUUGUUCAUUAAGUAGCGUUUAAUGGAAGUUAAUCGCGAAACGAUUAGUGGUUUAGGUCCCUUUAGUCAGAUUGUUGUGCUCUGUCCUCGGCAAACGAGCCUUUGUGCCUAGUCCCAAGGCCCCCGCGUGGAGGGUCGCGUAAUUUCAUUUUGACGUCCGACGGAGGGUCGCUGCCGUCGGGCGAACAACGAUUUUCGAAUUACGUCUUUCAAAUUGUAUUUCGUCGAUGCUUUGCCUCUCCUUUCGUUCCACGAUGCAUAGCCGAGUCCUGCCCAAAUCGACUCUGAACACCCAGUCCCAGUCAAUUUCGUAGCGCUCUUCUGUUUCAAACAGGAUAUGAAACGAGCUAUCGAGUGAUAUAACCGUGUUCUAUCUUUCCAUAUCUUCCUCCAUGUCUCUGACAGAGAGACAUUUCCUCUUCACAGUCGUUUCUAUCUCGUGAUCUCGUUAUUGGAAAAAAUUCAAAUAAUUCUAAAUUCGUUUUAUCCCACGUGCUAGAGUAUCUUGCCUGGGGAAAUUUUCUCUUUCUUUUUUUUUAAAUUCAUUUUGAAAUUUCGUAGCGUUCUUCUUUCUCGUUCGAGGGACAAGCUAUUGUCGAACGAUAUACAUAUAAUCGUUCAGUAUCUAUUCGACCGAGUUAUUCGAGAUAAUUUAAAUAACAACCGAUCGUUUAAAUAAUUGUAAGCUGUGUCGCUCUUUAUAUAGCCAACAUUUUUCGAAAUUGAUUUCGUCGUGAAAAAAAGAUAUAUUAUCUUGAUAGAGAGAGAGAGAGAGAGAGAGAGAGAGAGCAGUACGUCCCGUGUUAUCUGUCGUUUUCGAUUAUUUUACUGUUUCUAAAACAAAACCACGAUUGAUCGUCGCUGAGAGGUCGAUGUUCGAGAGACGAUCGUAGAAAAAGCGACGGCACUACAUGUUGUUUCGAUUCGAAGCACCUCAAUCUCAGGUAACGUCUGGUGGUAGUAUUGUCCGGCAGUAUUGUCGUGAAUGAACAACAGCGGCAACAUUGUUUUCCCCGAAAUAGGGAAAUUUUAUGCCGGGUUUUUCCCGUGGCCUGCGCCUCCGUCCUUGUCUAUUGAAUCUACCUUUUCACUUUGUUUCUCUCUCUCUCUCUCUCUCUCUCUUUUGACAAGACCUCAGCAAACACGGCCCCGAAAUUUCUCUGUGAUUUACGACUUUGGAGAAGAAACGUUCCAGACGAAAUGUUUCAGAAACUCUGUGUGCUUCUUGCCAUGCUUCUUGCAUUGUCAAUGCAUGUUCGCGAAAUUUGUAACGUAUCUGAAAACUGAAUAUUUCUGUCUGUUGAAAGAACUUUGAAAUUCUUUAUAUAUCAUAUAUAGUCGUAUUCGCGUAACUGAAGGGUGA